UUGGAAGGUAAUUUGCCGUGACCUUUCUGGAACUUUCCCUUGAGCUGUAUCUUGAAUCCUUGAUUCAGUUAGCUUGUCCGGUUAAUAGUACAGUUCCAUAUUUAGAGAAAGGUCAUUGUUCUUCAGUCCCUGACCAUGGCACGGUGUGCGACAGUGGUACCGGCAGUUUGGUUGAUCCUGGUCGCAUCCAGUACAUGGCACGUAGCAGAAAGCAACUUUCGGUUCCAAGGUAGUGAUUCUACGGUAUCCGAUGGUGCAAAAGGAUCGCGGGUGGUUCGCGCCGUAAUGCAAAAGCUGGAGAGUGUUUGCAUCUUCAAACGAGACAAACAAAUGCUACGCACGAUUGCCGUGGCAGCGUCCGAUGACGGUGUGAAAGCUGGUACUUUCCGGCCAGGUUAUUAUGGAGGUAUUUGGCAGGUUGACGAGGCUUUGUUUUUGCGGACAAAAGAUUAUUCAUUGAGUUAUUUAUGGAGUCGUUUCAACAGUGCCUUUAACAUUGACUGGCAAACUGUACAAUGGCAAGAUUUAACCAAACCCUUGUAUUCGGCUCUUGCGGCACGCCUGGUACUGGCGUCCGUUGCAUACGAAAAUGAUAAUAACAUAGAAAACGGUUUGCCCUGGGAUCUACCCAACCAAGCAUCUAUUUGGAUCAGCAGUUUCAAUUUGCACCACGAUGUCAACGCUUACCAAAAUUAUCAUACCGCCGCCCAGAAACUGCGUGAUACUUCCGGUUGUAAAUCCGUGGGUGCCGACAUCGCCUUUAUUAUGGAUGGAUCUGCAAGUGUUGGCACUAGUGAUUUUCAGCACAGCCUAAAUUUCGUAACUGAGGUUAUCAGCCGGCUGAACAUCGGACCGACGAGUAAUCAAGUGUCGAUGAUCCAGUAUUCUUCAACAGCCGUUGUCGAGCUCUAUUUCAACACAUUUGCAGCAAAGGACCAGGUGCUACAAAAAAUUGCAUCCGGUAUAGCAUAUCAAGGCGGUGGAACUGCCACAGAACAAGCGCUAUGGCUGCUGGAUCAGAACGUUUUUGCGCCAUCUAACGGUGCUAGAGGGCAAAGUGCCAUACCACAGUUCGCUGUUUUGUUCACGGAUGGCCACGCCAACGAUCCAAUGGCCGCACAAGUCCAGGCAGCCCAGAUUCACGCCAAGAAUAUAACCUUAUUAUCAGUCGGUAUUGGAGGCAUUAACGAGCUGGAGCUGAACGCUUACGCGUCUCAACUAAAAUGCAAAAACACUUACCAUCUCCAGGGUUUCUCAGAUAUGGCACAAAUGUUUGCUUUCGAACUGGAACAACGUAGCUGCACAGACCACGGUAAUGUUGUCCCCCUACCCGAAGACCCAGAAACCGGCCAGUUACCACCACCAGUCAUGAUCGUUCUGCAACCAAAUCAGGAACAGUACAUUUGUUUCCUGGUCCAUGUAUCACUGGGUGCAACGCUUAUUAUAAAUGGAACUUCCGGUACUCUGACCAUGUACUUCUCGUUCUCAGUGUCGCAACCCAUCGAGGAAAACUACGACAAGAAAAUUACAGUUACAGCUGGACAUGUUGAAACGCUUUAUUUGACCCCGAGCAUUAUUAAAGCGUACGUCGGCGACAUUGUCCAGGAAACACAGAUCUGCAUAACACUGGCAGCCGACAGCAGCAAUCAAAUCCCGACACCUUUCGUUUCCACCACGUUAGCACCAACGCCGGCAACGAAUACCACGGUUUAUGUACACAUUGACCCGCCACCUCCCACUGAACCUUGGUGGAUGACAACCGAACCAACCACUGAAGUUACCGAACAAACAACCACAUCGCUGCCAACGGAUAACGGGGCUAGUGGCACCGUGACAGUGGUGGAGGGAUCAGUCGGAUGUGGCGCAGCAGAGAGUAAUAUGCAGGAUAAUGACAAGCUGCUAAUCACUUCGCCCCACUUUGACACUUUAACCAACCAACCAGCGGGAUACCGGCAAGGUUUAAGUUGCGUCUGGCGAAUCAAUACUCCCGCCUGGACGACGCUGGAAAUCACGGUCACCUACUUCCGCCUUCAGGAGAACCACAACGUGGAACCCGGAAGAACGUGCAAUAGUCAGGAUAGAGUUAUAAUCGCUGACACGGCUGGAGUGGUUUCUGGCGGAUACUUAUGCGGAAGUAGACUCACCGGCUUCGUGAUUCCCGUAACCCGAACACUGAACCAGACUACCAUUAGUUUUACCAGCAUCAGCAAUGCCAGCAGGGAGUUUGGGUUCAGUUUGACAGUGAGAGCCAUCGGGCGGCAUCGGCUGGACUGCAGCGCCAGCGAAAUCAAUGUUGAGAUGCGAAAACUGUAUCUGCCUGCCCAGACCCCGGUUGGGAAUUAUCGUCUAUUAAAUGACACCUGUAGAGCCUCGGAAACCGGCACCGCUCUGCUGAUGCGCACCAGUUAUGGCCAGUGUGGCACAAUACGUUCUAUUGAUGAUGAGAAUGUUUAUUUCGUCAAUCAAGCCAGCGCUGCCGGCGGUCGGUUUUGCACCGGACCGAUAUGCGUGAACGCACCAGCGGUCGACAUUCCUUUUCGCUGCAAGCUGGAACGCAUGGUCAAGCCAGUGAGUGGCUCCGUUUCCUCCCAUCAUCCACGAAAUGUCAUUUCGAAUCGCCCUUUCCUGGAAGGUAUCAUCGAUGUUGGCGCUAGCCUCGAGCUUGGCUACGAUCUGAAUUUCGAUCAGCCAUCGCAGUCAGCAUUUCUGGAUUUCGAUUUUCAAAGCCAGAAAGUUUAUUUUGAAGUCUCGGUCAAACGGCGCUUCGGCAGCAGCGUAGCGUUUAUCGUGCAAGCUGAUCAGUGCUGGACCACGCCCACAUCGAACAAAAACGAUCCUAUACGAUUCGAUAUUCUUCUUGACGGGUGCCCGGUGGACACCCCCGGCUUUGACCUCCAGUUUAGGCGGCACUACACGGAGUCACGUCAUAAAGAUAUUUUCAGUGUAAAUGCCCUGCACUUCAACGAAACCAGUGACCUUUUGCAUUUCCACUGCAUUGUGCGAGUGUGCAGUGUUGGUGUGGAUGAAGGGCUGUGUGAUACAAGCUGUCAACGGCCUAUCUCUGUCCCAGCCCCUCCAGAAGAGCCUGGACCUGAGAUCCGUACCCGUACUUCACCUGUGGUGCUGAAAAAAGAAGCGGCCAUGCAACGUACUGCGCAGCUGGGUUCUAUCCAGUUCAGGCGGAUGCAGCAUAGAAACCAAUCUCACUGAACCUCAAUUAACUUCCGCUUGUUAUCGCUCUAUAUCUAGGUAAUGAUCAUUGCACAUCGUAUAUUUGCUUUAUUUCGUUUCCUUAUAUAUUAUCUAUAAUUAUCUGCUUCUAUGUCUAAAAACCACCGAGUAACUGGGGAAAAAUUAUCACUUUACUUUUUUCUCAGGGCCGGUACGUUAUUUGUUAGCC